UGUGUUCGAGGCGCACAUCAUCCACACAUCAGAUACCGCAGAUCCAUCAGCCGGCAGGCAGCCAGCCGAGAAAGCCCCCCGGAGCCGGGCUGCAGGCGAGACCGCUGCUCCUCGCAAGGUAGCGGAGGAGCGUCCGGCCCCUCCGAGCACCGAUGCUCUGCAGAGCGCAGCUCCAGGGAGCCCGUCGCUGCUAAGGAGGUCACCAGCAGUAGGCCCACACACCUGGGCAUCCUUUCUCCUGCUGCCCACCUGCCCGAUCCCAAAACGGAGGAGCCCACUGACCCCACCAUGUCAUCGGACCCCAGCGCCCCACCGGCAGUGCCACCCCUACACUCCCCUAAGUCACCAGUGUGGCCCACCUUCCCCUUCCAGCGGGAGGGCAGCCGCAUCUGGGAGCGGGGCAACCUCCUUCUCCGGGACCUGCCCAGCCCCCUCCCCACCAAGAGGACCAGGACCUACUCGGCGACAGCGCGUGCUUCCGCUGGCCCCAUCUUCAAGGGCGUCUGCAAGCAGUUCUCUCGCUCCCAGGGCCACGGGUUUAUCACCCCAGAGAAUGGCACUGAGGACAUUUUUGUGCAUGUGUCUGACAUCGAGGGAGAGUACGUCCCAGUGGAGGGGGACGAGGUGACGUACAAGGUCUGCCCCAUCCCUCCCAAGAACCAGAAGUUCCAGGCAGUGGAGGUGGUCCUCACCAACCUGGCGCCUCACACGAAGCACGAGACAUGGUCCGGCCAGAUCAUCGGCUCCUAGGCGCCCUGGGGGGCCGCCAGCCACUCAGCCCCAUGGAGCAAGCCUGCCCAGCCGCUCAAGGGGUGUGUGGGGAGCCGAGGCGGCAGCGGGGCCGGGGUUGCCCCCAAACAUGCAGGCGUUUGAGUUCAGUGUCUUUUAUAAGGUUACGGUUUCCUUUCUCUGUGUGUGUUUGUAAGUGUCUGUCGAGGGGGACAGGGGAAGUGGAGCCCUCCCUGACUGUCCCCCAGCUCCGGGGGCAGCACCGAGCCCCAUGUUCCAUUCCUUGCUCCUGAGGCCAUGGGGAACAGAGGAACCAGUCCUACGCCCCAGCCCUCCAGCUCUACUGGGCUGAAGCAGGUGUUGAGAGCAGGAGGGGGUGGGGAGAGGCUGGAUGGCUCAGCUCAUCCUCCUGAACUCCACUCUGGCAAGAUGGGCACCCCACUCGGUCCGCAGUGGGACAGCAGCAGCAGGACAUGCUCCCACAAAGGAGGAACAAAACAGGGUGGUGUGGGGUGGCAUAUCACUGUGCGGGGUCUGGGUG